CGUGCACCCUUCAUUUAAAGAAUGAAAGUAAACCUACAUUCUGUCGCUCUCUAUUGCACACACACACACACACACACACACACACACACACACACACGCCCACAAAUGGAGGCACAGUGACAGAUGAACAUGAGACAUCCUGGCGGCGUGCUCCACUGAUGACGGGGUGUCAUGGAAACACCCCGCGUUCUCCAUGGCUACGCGCUCUCUUACCCCCACGGGAUACUCUCUUAUGAUUGUGCAGACAAAGCACUUGAGCUAUACAACAACUCUGUGUGGCCAUUACACACACACACACACACACACACACACACACAGACGCACACAUAUUGUUUCUUAUCAGGAUCUUAAUGGACAUAAAUUAGCCUAUUAUGUGCUUUUGGGAUUAGAGCCGUGAUUUUAGCCUAAUAGUCUGUUUCUGUGCUCCGAUUCCACAAAGCCGGGAAGAUGUUUGCCAAUAAAAGCUCAACAUUUGAAUCCAGUCAUGUGGAAUCAGGUGCACAUUUAGUGGAAAAGACUUUUACCUUUUAUAGUUAAAGCAAACUAAAUUUGGUGCUGUCGUCACUUUCAGGUUUCGACCGUUUGGCUUCCUGUGAAACUUCUCAACAUCCCUUUUCGUCCGUCCGCACGCGUGUGUGUGCGCGUGUGUGUGUGCGUGCGUUCAUGUGUGUGUGGGAGCUGUUUGUGUAGUCGAUGCAAAUCACAUAUAAUAAACGCAGUAAUGAAGACAAAAGCACAUAGCUCUGUUACUUCUGUUCAUUAAGCAGUUAAUGUAGCUUCCUGUUCAUGUGUCUGCAGGCCGCUAAUUAAUAAAGCUUCUUGUUAUUUAUUAAAAAAAAACAAUAAUGAACACGAGCAUUGUGUUAAACUUUCUCUUUCUCUCUUUUUCUCCAGACUCCAUUGACCAGCUCCCGUACGACCACGCCCACAGAGUACAGGGGAGGGGGGAUCUGAUCGUCCAUCAUCUCGGCGCCGUGUCAAGGUGCUGAUAUGUGUUCACGAUGAGCGGACUGGGGGAGAACUCCAUGGAGCCUCUGAGCUCAGAAAACCGAAAACGCAAGCUCUCCACUUGUGACACGCCUGGUCUGGGGUGUGAGAGGAAACGACGGGAGCAGGAGAGCAAAUACAUAGAAGAGCUCGCUGAGCUGAUCUCUGCCAACCUAAGUGACAUCGACAGCUUCAACGUCAAACCGGACAAAUGUGCCAUCCUCAAAGAGACAGUUCGCCAGAUCCGCCAGAUCAAAGAGCAGGGAAAAGCGUCUUCCAAUGAUGACGACGUCCAGAAGUCGGAUGUUUCCUCAACAGGUCAGGGGGUCAUUGACAAGGACCACCUGGGGCCGCUCCUGCUGCAGGCUCUCGACGGCUUUCUGUUCGUGGUGAACCGCGAGGGCAGCAUCGUGUUUGUGUCGGACAACGUGACGCAGUACCUGCAGUACAAACAGGAGGAGCUCAUCAACACCAGCGUGUACACUAUACUCCAUGAGGACGACAGGGAGGAGUUCCACAAGAACCUGCCCAAGAGCAACAUAAAUGGAGUCUCGUGGGGAAGUGAGGCCACCCGACAAAAGAGUCACACCUUCACUUGCCGGAUGCUGGUCAAGUUUGGCCACGCCCACGGCCCCAUGGAGGAGGGGCCAGGAGGGCCACGCUAUGAGACCAUGCAGUGUUUUGCUCUCACGCAGCCCAAGGCAAUGAUUGAGGAGGGUGAAGACCUUCAGUCAUGUAUGAUCUGUGUGGCCCGACGGGUGACAGCUAUGGAGAGAACAGAGAGUUUUAAUACCCGUCACGAGCUAUCAGGUAAAUUGAUCCAGAUCGACCAGAACUCUCUGCGGGCAUCGAUGCGUCCAGGCUGGGAGGAUUUGUUGAGGCGCUGCAUUCAAAUGUUCCUUCAGCAUAGUGACGGGCAGCCCUGGUCGCACAAACGCCACUACCAUGAGGCCUUUUUGCAGGGUCACGCUGAGACACCACUGUACCGCUUCUCUCUGUCCGACGGCACUCCAGUUACGGCGCAGACCAAGAGCAAACUGUAUCGGCAUCCAAUGAGCAACGAGCCUCAAGGAUUCAUCUCCACUCACCUACUACAGAGGGAACCCAAUGGUUACCGCUCCUCUCAGGGUGGGGGCAUGAUGCCGAAUGCUAUGAGACAACAGGGCAUGGGAGGCCCGAACCCCAAUGCCCAAAUGAAUAUGAACAACGGCGGGGGCAUGGGGAUGGGAAGCAUGGGCGGCAUGAACAGGGGCUUUGGCAUGAAUGAGCAGGGCCACAUGGGUCACAUGGGUCCAAUGGGCGGCGGCUCUAUGUAUGGAGCAAAUGGAGGAGCGAGUGGAGGCAUGGGCAACCGCAUGAUGCAGAUGAAUCAGAUGGGGCAGAUGGGUCAGGUGGGGCACAUGAAUCAGAUGAAUCAAAUGGGUCCCAUGAAUCACCCUGGCCAAGGAAUGCAGCAACACCCACAGCAGCCCCCAUUUCAGAGCAGCGGAGGGUUUGGGCUGGGUGGCAUGAAUAGCCCCUCCGGAAGCCCCAGAAUGGGUGGACCCCAGCAGGGACUCCUGAUGUCACCACGGAACAGAGGUAGUCCAAAGAUGGGUGCCAACCAGUUCUCACCAGGAGGCUUACACUCUCCCAUGAGUGGCAUUGUCAGUGGUGGAGGAAGCGGAGGAAGUACCACCACCUUCUCCAGCAGCUCACUAAACGCCCUACAAGCAAUCAGCGAAGGUGUAGGCAGCUCCCUUCCCUCGACCUUAACGUCACCCUCGCCAGCCCUUAAACCUGACAGCUCUCCCAGUGUCCACUCCUCCUCUUCCUCUCAGCCCAGUCAGCCGGCAAAACCAGGCCAAGAUGGCUCCAAAAGCCCCGCCGGAGGCUUUGGGCCUGGGCCGGGUGACCAUCACCACCCAAUGCAGCAUCACCACCACCAUCAGCAUCCUCAGGCUGAGAGUUCUGGAGAUCGUCCUGACAGCCAGGCAGCUACGGCGACUAAAGAGUGCGGCGAUGCAGGCAAUGAGGCAGGGGUGGCGAGCUCAGAGCCUCCUCGGAGGUUGCCGGACAGUAAGGGGCAUAAGAAGUUGCUCCAGUUGCUGACAUCCCCAACUGAGGAGCUGGGAAUAAGUGGCAGUGGGCCAGCAGGGCCCCCUGUACCACCCCCACCACCCAGCAGCAGCACUCCUGCAGGCUCAGAUAGUAAGGACCCCACAGGAGGCAUGACCAGCCCGUCGUCUACUGGGGUCUCUUCCUCUUCCUCAGCCAGUGCCAAUCCAGGUCUGGCGACUGGUCCAGGGGGCGUGUCAACAUCACUUUCAUCAGCCCACUACACGGGCUCGCUGCAAGAAAAGCACAAGAUCCUCCACAAGCUUCUUCAGAAUGGCAACACCCCAGAUGAAGUGGCCAAGAUCACGGCUGAGGCGACAGGAAAGGUGUCACUGGGGAAUCAGGAGGGAGGGGAGGUUGGAACAGGCGGAUCAGGAGGCGGUACUGGACCUGGGAAUACUACCGAGCCCAAACAGGAGCAGCAUAGCCCCAAGAAGGAGAAGACCCAUGCCCUUCUUCACUACCUCCUCAAUAAGGAUGAUUCCAAAGAGCCGGCAGACAUAAAGCCUAAACUAGAAGAGCUAGAAGGGAAGGGGGCCCCGGGGGCUGCUGGCGGCCCUGCACGGGGAGGUCCUGGAUGUGGUAACGGCCCUGCACCUGAACAUCCUGAGAGCAAGAUCAAGUCAGAGCCGCCUGAUGACUUGCACAACCUGGAGUCCAUCCUCGGAGAUUUGAGGGGUUCAAACUCAGACUUUUACCCGGAUCAAGCUGGAGGGGCUAAUGAUGCGGGAAACAAACCACAGGGUUGCCUCGAUGACAGCCUGCAGAGGAGUCCAGGAAUGGGUCCAGGUCCUCGGGGACCCUUCCAGAGGGCCAUGUCCAUAGAUGGGAAGCCUCCAGUUGGUCCAGGAGGGACAGGUAGACGCCCCAUGCUGAUCAAGCAGGAGAACAUAAUGGGCAGUCCAGACGGGUACCCAGGAAACAUGGGACCAAUGAAUAGAGGCAUGGUUCCCCAGAGGUCUCCAAUGGGGGGUUCAGGGGAUUGGAGCAUGCCCCGUUCCAGCGCAAGCCCUGUGGGGUCAGCAGGACACCCCUCCAUGAUGCGCCCAGGCAUGGAGUACAACAACAGCAAGGGCAUGAUGUCAGGCCCUAUGGUUAGCCGCUCCAACAGUGUACCCGGCACCAGGUCAAUGCUGCAGCAACAGCUCAUGGAAAUGGGUGGUUCUGCUGACAUGGGUAUGGGAAUGAGCCCCUUCAGCCAGCAAGGCCAGCCCAGCCAGUCCUCGUCCUGGCCGGAUUCUAUAAUGGGCAUGGAGGGUAACAGACGCCAGUUUGGGAACACCUUAGAUGAUCUUCUGGUGCCUCCCACCACCAGCGAGGGACAGAGUGAUGAGCGGGCGCUGCUCGAUCAGCUGGACUCGCUGCUGAAUAACACUGACGGCAUUGCUCUUGAGGAGAUUGAUCGAGCCCUGGGCAUCCCAGACCUCGUCAGCCAGAAUCAGGGGGCUGAGCAGCAGCUGGAGCCUUUUCCAGGACAGGACGCUUCCAUGGUGCUGGACCAGAAGCCUCUCUACGGACAGGGCUACCCCGGACCCCCCUCCAUGCCCAUGCAGUCCGGCUACGGAGGGAACCCCAUGCAGGGACAGACUCAGCAGGGGGGGUUUGGGCCCAUGCUCUCUCAGAUGGGCCAAGGUGGCAGUUUCCCUGGUAUGGGUGGGAUGGGUGGCAUGGGACACCCUCGUGCCAACAUGAUGAGACCCCGAAUGAUGACGGCCAACAAGCCCAUGAGGCUUCAGCUGCAACAGAGGCUGCAGGGACAGCAGUUCAUGAAUCAGACGCGGCAGGGUAUGGGCAUGAAGAUGGAGAAUCCGGGAGGAAACCCUGGCAUGAGGCCAGGCAUGCAGCCUGGCAUGGGAGGACAGCAGGGCUUCCUCAAUGCUCAGAUGAUGGCUCAGCGCAGCAGGGAGAUGGUCACCAUGCAGAUGAGAAGGCAGCGUAUGAUGAUGCUGAUGCAGCAGCAGCAACAACAGGCUGCGGCGGCCGCUGCUGCAGCCGCAGGAGGAUUCAGUCCCCCUCCAAACGUCACGGCUCCUGGCGGCAUGGACAAUCCCAUGGGAGGGCCGAGCAUGGGUCAGCCGGGCCCGCAGCAGUUUGGCUACGGAGGGAGCUAUGGGAUGGGACAGCAGGGAGACCCUUCGUUCGGACCAUCAGGCGGCAGUCCUCCUAACGCGAUGAUACCCAGCCGCCUAGGACCUCAAAACCCCAUGAUGCAACAGCACCCACAAGGCGGUCCCAUGUACCAGGGUGCUGAUAUGAAAGGCUGGUCGCAGGGAGGCAUGGGACGCAGCAGUUCGUACCCACAGCAGCAGUUUGGGCCACAGGGACCUCCAGGGCAGCAGCAGUUUGGGCAGCAGGGGAAUCCAGGCCAGUAUGGGGGCAUGAUGAUGAACGGGGGCAUGCCAGCCAGCGGAGGAGCAGGUCACAUGGGGCAGAUGGGGGGGCAGAUGGGAAUGAACCCGAUGGUGAUGGGACGCAUGCCUAUGGGGCCUGAUCAGAAAUACUGCUGAGCAUGGUGACAGCAGCAUUUGUCUCACUGUGAUCUCCAUCCAGAGAGAGGACACAGCUGCAGCACAGGAGUGAGGAGGAGGAGGAGGAGGAG